AUGCUCCAUACUGGGAGGUUGCUAAAGGCCCUGCAACCUCUGAACCCGAGGGCGGAGCGUUCAGCGCCACUGCCAGACAACACACUUAAAGAGGUGAUUCUCAAGGCUAUUGGCAAACCUACAUCAAGCGAUGAGAUUAGAUACUUCAAACGCAACAGCAAAACUAAACCGGUUGCGCCGUGUUUCGCUGGCGAGAUCAGACCGAGACUAAAACUCAUUAAAACGGCAAUCGACAGCUCUGAACUUCCGCAUGGCACACUACCUGAGGUCGCUUUCUACGGGCGAACAAACGCCGGGAAAUCGUGCCUAAUCAAUGCUGUAUGUGGAAGGUAUGGCGUAUGUCCCGUGAACGGAGUCCCUGGUACCACCAGAAAGGUGUAUUUUUACAAGGUCGGAUCACCGCCAACCAUAAUAUUUGUUGAUAUGCCGGGGUACGGAUACUCCCCUGCAAAGGAAGAUGUUACGAUGCAAUGGAACGAAUUCGCGUUGUCGUACAUCAAAAACAGAGAAACACUAAAACUUGUUGUUGUGCUUAUCGAUUGCCGCAUUGGACUGAAGCAAUCCGACCUAGAAGUCAUCAACUUUUGCGAUAAAUACAAAGUCAAAUGGCAGAUUGUUCUUGCAAAGGCUGACGAGACGAAACCCGUGUUACUCGCGAAAAUGAUGCACAAGGUGCGUAUAGAGACUAGCACAUUCAGAUCGUCAAACGGGAAAGUAAUCGCAGUUAGCUCUACCAAAAAUCAAAAUCUGGACGAACUCAGGACGGUACUGGAAGCAUUCAAAGUCGACAAACAUACAGCUCACUUCUGGACAAACACCAAUGAAUCACGAAAAUCAUUAGGCACUAGAAAACCUGCUACACCCAAGGCAAAUGAAAUAGUUACCGUGAAGGCCAGUUGUGAUAACGUUGCACUCGGCCAAAAUGAAUCAUCCAUGCAACACAGCAAUCGGCCAUUUAAAAGAUAUGAUUUGUGGAACUACAUCAGGGACGCAAACCACUCAUACCGUCCACAUCAGGUGGCGCUUCAGUGCGUAGCCGAAAUAUUCAAGAGAUUUACACCACCAUCUGACUUUGUGGAAGACUUAGGUAUGCGCGUCGAGACUCUGUCAACCUCCCAUAUCGAUAACACCCCCUCGACAAUAACCACUUCUCCGACUUUUGUAGAAAUGGAAGGUGGUCUGACAUGCGAUCUGCAUAUAACACUGGAGGAAACACUAAAGCGUAAUGAGGAAACCGAAGUGAAGAGAGAAAACCUUAUAAGGGAUAAGGUUGCAAGUUACCAAAGACGCAUGGAAAUGCAAACGGAACCUUUUCCGAGGGCCACCAGGCCAAAUAUCGGCAGGAGUUACAAAAGGGUCUUAUCUAUGUACAGAAGUGCGAUUGCAAAGAGAAAACUGAAGUGGGACGUCGUUAACCAAGAGAAGCUAACGUGGUCAGCUGCGUAUCAAAAAUGGGAAAGAUGGAGCAAGAAACACCCUCAACUAGCCGGAGUUACCGUUCCUCCUACCAAACGACAAGUUGUAGCUGAGGGAAGAAUUAUCGCUUCUAUAGCUGGCAGGAACCCAUUGGAGACAAGUCGUAUGCUAGUUAGGGAACUGAUUGAGGCCGAUCCGGUAUUGCUCCAGCAAGCGCUUGAUCUGGUUUACACUGGGAAGAUCAGUAAGGUCACUUUCGCGCCUGACCAAUCGCCGACAUCGCAAUGCUUUUAUGCAAUACCGUCGAAGGACGGAACCAAGCAAUACUUGGUAAUGCAGGGAUAUUGUGACUGCUACCAUUUUGCUGAAUAUGUAUUAUCGCGAUCGACAGCAUUCACGUGCAAACACGAGCUCGCGUGCAUUCUAUUGGAACAUAUAAGUGCAGAACUAGAUAUCGAGGGCUCUAGAUUGCUAUGUUGCGCAGAAGAAUUGGAGGAGGAGAAUUUCGUCGAAAGAAUGCACUUAUUGUAUGACGAAUAA